UAUUUCUAUUUAUAAAUAUUGACUUUUAUCAUAAUUAUAUUGUAUAUAUAUAUUUUUUUUUUUCGAUUCUAAUAUUUAUAUAACAUAAACGUCACUUGUGUUAGUAUAUGUCGUAUUGUCAAAUUCAUAGGUUGUUGAUAACAAAAAUUUUCAAUAUAACUAAAAAAAAAUUCGAUAAUGAUGUAUAAAACAAAAGAUCAUUUUAAAAUAAAUCAAAAGUUGAUACCAGUAACACCACAAAUGAUACGCGAAGCUGUAGAAGUUAUACAAAUGAGAAAGCUUUUUGUUAAUACUGAACUGAUAAUAGAUUAUUUAAUAAAACAUUAUCCAGUAGAUAAUAAAACACUUGCAACAGAAAUUAUUCCAAAGUUGAAAUAUGCUGUACACGUUGGAUUAAUAGCAAAAUGUGGACAUGACCAAUUUUGUAUUCCAACAUUGCUACAAGAUGCUAACACAAUGGAGACGGCAUUCAACAUAUUUUGAGAUUUUUGUUACACUGUAAGAGAAUUUUUCUUUUAUUUCUUUGUGAAAGUAUUUUAUUUUACUAUUUUAAAAAUACUAAAUAAAUAAAUUGGAGCAUUGAUUAUUUAAAAAAAUCAUGUCAAUCGCAAUUGUAAAAGUAAA